CGUGGCCGCCGAGGGGGGGACCGCUCGCUGGCCUGCUGGGAACGGAGAGGGGGGACGGGCCCGGACGGAGCGCCAUGGCGGCGGCAGGAGCGAGCGCGUCGGCCAGCGACACAACGUGCGGCUGCGGCGAGCGGGCGACGGCCGCCGAGAGCCCGCUCUUCGUGACAGGGACUCCGUGCGCCUUUUCCCCUCACGAGCGGCGCUUCCUGGCCCUCUCCGGGCCGGACGGGCGGCUCCGAGUGUGGGAGACGGCCAGCAGCCGCCUGCACCACGAGUACGUGCCCUCUGCCCACCUCAGCGCCGCCUGUACCUGCUUGGCCUGGGCGCCGCCAGGAGCCGGUGGAGGAGGAGGAGGCGGAGGAGGCGACCGCUCCCCUCCCACCAAGGAAGGCCCUCAAAGAAAAAAGAGAAAAUCUGAACCUGUGGGAGCAAGUGGACAGUUAGAUCUUUUGGCUAUUGGUACUGCAGAUGGCAGCAUUUUAUUAUACAGCACAAUAAAAGGAGAAUUACAAAACAAACUAAGUGGCCAUGACAGUAAAAUCAACUGUGUACGGUGGAACCAGUUCAAUGGUUGCUUAUAUAGCUGUUCAGAUGACAAACAAAUUGUAGAAUGGAACACACAGACAUGCAGAGUGAAAUGCAAAUGGAAAGGUGAUAACAGCAGUGUGAGUUCCCUGUGCAUCAGUCCUGAUGGAAAGAUGCUGCUUUCAGCUGGUCGAUCAAUCAAAUUGUGGGACUUGGAGACCAAAGAAGUCUAUAGACAUUUCACAGGACAUGCUACAGCAGUUUCAAUGCUUAUCUUCAUCACAUUACGGCCUGCCAGUGAAAAUCAACCCUUUGAUGGAAUUACAGGGCUCUAUUUCUUAUCUGGAGCAGUACAUGACCGAUUACUCAGUGUCUGGCAAGUGAGAUCUGACAGGAAAGAGAAGAAUGCUGUGAUGAAUUUUACAGUUACAAAUGAACCUAUCCAUAUUGACCUCACAAUAUCAGAAACUAAAGAAGAGCCGGUAAAAAUAGCCGUUGUAUGCAGAGAUGGACAGUUGCACAUAUUUGAGCAAAUCUUGAAUGGAUACUGCAAAAAGCCCUUGACAUCAAAAUGUACAAUCCAAAUAGCAACACCUGGAGAGGGUGGUGAUUCCACACCAAAGCCAGUUCCUAUUCUAGCAGCUGCAUUUUGUUCAGAUAAGGAAUCGUUGCUGCUUGUGUAUGGAAACUCCUUACAGCCUGUUCUUGAAAGAGUGUCUUUGAAUACUACAGAAUCACAUCUGUGCCUAGUAAGAGAUAUUCAAAAGACGCUGACACUUAAAACAGAAAUGGCUGUGACAAAGGUGAAAACGCCUCUAAUCAACUCAGAAGUUAAAACAUUAGUUCCUGGGAUUCCUGGUCAUAGUGCAGCUGUCAGACCUUUAUCUUGCAGAGAAAAAAAUGAAACUAAAAGGAAGGCAGGUAGCAAAGAGGAGAGCAUUGAAGAUCGUCUUGGUGCAAUGGAUAUAGAUGUGAUGAAAGCGAAACAGUCAUCAGGAGGCCUUCCGCAGACUGACAAUUUUGCAGUGCUUCUAGUUCAAGGAUUGGAAAGCAGUGAUCCUGAGAUUCUAAAUAAAGUGCUUCAGACCAAGAAAGAAGCAGUAAUCAAGAAAACAGUAGCCAGAAUGCCUGUACAUGCUGUCAUUCCACUCUUGCAUGAGCUCACAAAAAGGCUACAAGGUCAUCCAUACAGUGCCUCACAAAUGGUUCGAUGGCUGAAGUCUGUUUUGACUAUUCAUGCAUCCUAUCUUUCAACAUUGCCAGAUUUGGUUCCCCAACUAGGAAUGCUAUAUCAGCUCAUGGAGAGCAGAGUGAAGACCUUGCAGAAGCUCUCUCGCUUGCAUGGAAAGCUCUAUCUUAUUGUUACCCAGGUUGCUGCAUUGGAAAAGGCUCAGGAUGUGCCUGACGUUGACCAGACUGCAAAGCUGGUAUAUGAAGAAGAAUCAUCAGAGGAAGGCUCAGAUGAUGAGAUGGCUGUGGAAAAAGAUUCGGAUGAGAACUGGGACGAAGAUGAUGAGGGAGAAGCUGAGGAAAAUGAUGAGAAAGAGGAUGCAUCUGACGAUGACCAGGAAAUGGAUGUCGAUAAAGAAAUCAAUGGAGAAUCAGAUUUGGACCCAGAAAAUGAAAGUGAAGAAGAAUAACAUACAGCUUUCAAAGAAACAAAGCUUCUUAAGUGCUGGCCACCAAAACUUUAUGUCUGGAUUGUUAUGGUGAAAGCCGCCUGCGUCACACAAGCAAGUGCAAACAACACCUAGCCAGUGUGUGAGAGUAUAUUGGAAUCCUGUGUUUCCAAUAACAGAAAGUGUAAAAGUGCCAGCCUUUUUCUGUCCUAUAUUUUCUGGGAUCACAUUGAAACUUUGGCAUAGUAGGCAAAUUAUCCCCAUUACUUGGACAUUCGUUUUGCAUGUCAAUUGGAAUAAUUUACCGAGGCCCUUUGGAUGGUGAACUUGUUGCAGCUUUUUUGAAAUUCUGAUGAACUGAAGACCACUCUGUCUGUAUCUUCUUAACCUACUUUAGUUAAGUACUUUUCCAGUUGGCAUCUUGCUACAUUUUUUGGAAGAGAAUAAAUAUUUUUGUAAGACCUAAAACUUACUGUUGAAUUUUCUUGAUAGUUUUUUGUCUUCUUUCCCCAUACAUGUCCAUUCCCUCCUAACAGAAUUAUUCAUGUCUUGGCAAUGACACAGUGCUAGCAAGGUUGGAAGCAGCAACAUUUUAAAACCAAAUGGACUUUUUGUAUGUUUGUGCAAAAUGUUCGCUUUUCUUGUACUUAAAAAAAAAGACUGGUGGCUCCCAACCUCUUCUUUUAUUUGAGCUUGUAUAUAAAUCAACGCUGACCCAGAGAACUGUCAUCUUUGAAAGAGUAAGGAUUAAUGCAAAAGAAUAAUAGUGAAAAGGAAAGGAGGGCAAAUGCUUGUUAAUAAUGUAACACAAAGCGUAUACAUUUAUUAUGAAUUUUUAAUCUUAGGGGCAGAACAGGGCUUGCUAUUAGUUCAGUUAAGCUGAAGUGGUAUAAACUAUUUCACAGAGCAAGAUUAACAAGGUUUUGAGCCAUUCACCAAUAUAAUGUACAGGUAUAUUUGUCUAUAAUUGGAACUGUUACAACCAAAUAUUGCCCUCAUUUGUAAAAUGAAUAAAUAUACAUUGCCUUUAUCAAA